AUGGAUAGAGAGAGAAGGACAAAGAGGAAGAAUAUGGAGAAUGAGAGAUCAGUACAAGAAGAAGAAGAAGAAGAAGAAGAAGAAGAUGAGGAAGAGAAAAUGGAGAAGUUUUUUGCUCUAAUUAGAAGCACCAAAGAUGUACGUGACCGUUUGAUUGCACGAAAUCAUGUACAAGUAGACACAUCAUCAAAGAUUUUUGAAGACAAUCACAUUAACAUUAAGUCUGCAAAUACUAGUGCAGCUAAUAUUGGAGUUAAUUGGAAUCCACAAGAUUUCAUGGGAAUUGACACUAUUGCAACUGCAGGUCCUUCUACUUCUAAUUCCAAGAAACAAGAAGAAGGAGGAGGAGGAGGAGGAGAAGAACAAAUUGUAGGAAAAAAAGAAGAAGAUUCAAAAGAAGGAAAAAAUAAUCAUCAUAUGUUGGACCUUAAUCUUUCACUCUAG